AUGUUGGAUUUUUUAAAAAAAAUUGAAGAAGACAAGUCUCCUAAGUCAAUCUGCAGAUCUGCUCCUCUGUCAUCUCCUUCAGUAUUUCUGUUCCUUCAACUUCUUUUUCUCGCAUCUUGAGUUUUCACAAAAUCAACUCAUGAUAAUGCAAGUUCUCUCUCAUCAAAUUUUUUUUUUUAUCUAUUUAAACUAUCUAUUUUAUGUAAAAUUUAAAGCACUAAUUAAAAAUUUCACAAGAUCAUUAAUUUUUAAAUUUGAUUUUCCCAAACAUAAAACAAAGAAUCAAUUGCCACAAAAUCUAAGUUUAUUACACUUAAACCAAAAAAAUUUCAUUUUAACAUAAAUCAUAAAACUCACGUAUCAAACUAAAAUGAACAUGGCGACCCUUCCAAAUGCUCCCGAUUCUCUCACCCUUUCCUCACCCAACACCCAAGAGGAUGACCUCCUGGCUCGUAGUGUCAAGCGAAUCAAGGAGGAUCUUCCUUCUACAGGUCGAUGGGAUGUGGAUAUGGGCGACGAUGUUAAUGUUCUAAAUCCGGCAAUUUGCGACGUCGAUGGUGUCUCAAAUGCACCGGCUGAGACUGCUUGCAUCUCCUCUCAACUAACUGUUUCUCCAAACCAUGUUUACGGUUCGGAACCCUUGUCAUAUAAGGACAAAUUGCUUCUCGAAGAGAAAUCUGAGGGGAUUUCAUUUGCCACUAUUCCUAAUUAUCUUGAUGAGGAUUCUGAUGUGGAUGAGGAUCCCACCAGUGAUAUUCCAGUUAUUUUACUAUCUAAAGCUGAGAAACGACGAAUCAGAGAGCCUUGGGCUAAUGCUCUGAUCAUCAAAGCUUUUGCCCCGAAACCUGUUGGCUACAAUUUUCUAUAUCCUCGAGUACAAGAAGACCUCAAUCGUGUGAUAUUUGGGGGCCCUUGGUUCGUCGGCCCUUAUUAUCUUACAAUCCGCCGAUGGGAACCCAAUUUUGAUCCCACUAUGACUACUUUCUCUACCACUGUGGUUUGGGCUCGUCUUCCUCAUCUUUCUGCUGAUCACUAUGAUCCAAUCACUUUGCAAAAAAUUGGAAACAAGUCAUCCCUUCUCCCUGUUUCUGUUCACUCGGAGUUAGACCAACUCUCUAGAAACUUUAUUUGGGGAUCAGAUGAACAACACAGGAAGAUUCACCUUAUUAAGUGGGAUACAGUUUGCCAACCUAGACAUCUUGGAGGUCUGGGAUUAAAAAAGUCUCGGGAUGCAAACAUUGUGGCUAUGUGCAAGCUCAAUUGGCGUUUGCACUUUGAGAAAAGCAACACUUGGAGUAAAUUGUUUUGUCGAAAGUAUUCUAUUGUUAACCCUCGUGAUCCUCUUCCUAAUCAUGGAUCCCCUACACUCCAAGCCAUGAAAGAAGGUCGUAGCCUAUUCCAAAGAGGUUUAAGAUGGAUUCCUCGUAAUGGAAAUUCUAUUUUCUUUUGGAAUGAUUGUUGGGUUGGAAACCAACCCCUCUCUAAGGUUUUUUAUGGGCCACACCUUCCUUCAUUAGAUUCCCUUCUUCUUGCUGAUGUUUUGUUGGAUGGCUCAACAAGUGGCAUUGCUUAUCACCUCCCGCAAGAACUCUUGGCUCAAAUGCAGGCUAUUCCUAUUGCUACCAAUACUACACUUGAAGAUAACUUCUCUUGGAUUGGUAGUAGUAAUGGUAACUUCUCACCUUCCUCUGCUCUUUGUCUACUACGUGAUCUUCCUACCACCAAAGACUGCACCUAGAGUUGGAUUUGGAAGGUUGUUACCCUCCCUAAAAUCCAAUUCUUCAUUUGGUUGCUAUCUCAUUGUCGUCUUAAAUCGUUGGCUUUCCUUCAUCGCCUUAAUAUCUCUCCUUCACCGAAUUGUCCUAGAUGUCAUGAUGCUGAGGAGACCAUUGAUCACAUUUUUAGAGGAUGCCCACUCUCUAUCCACCUGUGGAACCUCCUUCUUCUUGGUGCUAUAGUUCCUGGAGAGUAUUCCACCUUCACUUCAUGGUUAAAAGCUAACUUGGUCUCUACUGUUAUAUCCCCUGUCUUUUCUAUUCCUUGGGGAACCUUUUUCUCCUUUAUUAUUUGGGGAAUUUGGCUCUUUAGAAACCAAGUUUUGUACAAGGACGUUAAUACCUCACUCCAGUCCUGGUCCACGUCUAUUACCUUUAG